AUGGCAUUCUUUUCCGUUUCCCGUUACGACACACCCGUCCUGACGGUUGCAUUCCGAUUAAUGGACCUCCUGUACUCCGUGCGCUCGGCCGCAACGACCAUGAUAACGCACCACAGCCGCGCCGCCACGGCCUCGGCACGGCGCCGCCUGCGCCCGGCUUCCCCGCAGGCAACACUGACCCGUAUCUCGACGGCAGCGGUGCGCAUCGCGCUGCUCUUCACGCUGCCCUUCACGCUGCUCGCCCUGCUCUUCAUCCGGCUCUCCAACGCCCUCCCGCGGUUCCAGCCCCGCCGCGUCCUCCGCCUCCGCCGCCGUAACACCCCCCGUCCAACCGUCCUCCUCACCUCCAACCGCGCCAGCAACCCCCUCGCCCUCUCCCUCGCCCGCACCCUCCACGGCACCGGCACCAGGGUCGCCGUAGCGCACAGCUCCUCUUCUUCCCCUCCUGCCCUCCCCCCCUCUCGUUUCGCGUCCCUCCUUUCCUCCAUCCUGCCCCCGCCAACCAGCUUCUCCGCCGCCGUCGCGUCGUCGCUCCGCCUCCGCAUCCCCGCGCGCCGGCAACGGCAGGAGGAUGAAAGUGCUGAUGACCACGAUGACUCCGCGUCGCUCUACGAGCACGAGGUCCUCGGCGCCAUCCUCCGCGUCCGGCCGAGCGUGUGGGUGCCGUGCGAGCUGCUCGUCGACGAAGAUGCCGACGGCAUCGACGGCGGCGAUGAUGCUGUUGUAGUGAGUGAGGCUGUGGGGUUGCUGCGCGAGACGCUAAGGAGGGAGGCGGAGCGGGAGAGGCCGCGCGUUAGGUGCGGAGUGCUGGCGCCGGAGGGGCCGGUGGCUGGUGUGGUUGCGGGGGACCAGGACGACGGAGUGUUUAGGCGGUUGGUGGAGGGGUUGGACUGCGGUGUCGAGGUCGUGGGCGGGAGGGACGUCGUGGUGCGGAGGAGGGGUGAGGUGCAUGGGAUUCUGCACGCGGGCAGGAGGGAGAGGAGGCGGUGGGAGUUGGUCGAGCCCGAGGGGGGAGAGGUGGUGCAGCUGCCCGUGGACGACGAUUACGGCUGUCUGGACGAGACGUACGAGCGGCUCGCGCGUCUGGACAUCUCGGACGCGCGGCCGUGGGUGAUGCGCGAGGUGAUCGAGGGCGAGGCGUACAGGAUCCACGCCAUCGUGCUGAACGGCGCCGUCAGGGCCUUUGCCGUCUCGACGCUGGACGACCCGCACGAGCUCAUGCAGGCCGCUGCCGGCCGCCUCUUCCUCGCUCCCUCGUCGCCCCUGCACGCCGCCAUCCAGGCCUUCGUCAACGCCUUCGUCGCCGCCCUGCCCGGCCGCCCCUCCCUGCCCCUCGCCAUCGACCUGACCGUCCGCACUGAGCCCACGGCAACGGGGACAGCAACCCGCAUCCACCCCACCCGCUGCUCGUGGAACCUCCUCCCCCUCACCACAACCCCUCCCUUCUCCACCGCCGCAGCAGAGCUCGUCGCUUCCGUCUCCCCGCCGCCGCCGCUGCGCUCGCCGCAACCCCGGCAGCAGCCCGUCGACACCGACGACGAGCCCGUUUCCCCCGCUGCUGCUCCUCCUCUUCCACCUCGACCUCCUUCUCCUCCCACCACUGACCCCGCCGCCGCCCCCCAGCUCACCAAACAUCAAUCCAUCCCCCCUCCUGCCGCCGCCGCAGACCUGCAAACCCCACCCAACAGCCCCGUCCUCAACCCGCUGGUGACCCGCUUCGUCGCCUCAACCCUACCGCCCACGCCCCCCAGCAGCCCGGACUCGCGCCGCUCCCGCUCCGUCGACGCCGCUGCUGACAACGCUUCGUCAUCGUCAUCACCGCCUCGCUCUUCUCUGCGCCGCUCCAAGCGAGACGUCGCUCAGGCGGCUGCCCAGACCCCGGCAGCGGCAGUGCGGUCGCGCUGCUACGCGUGCUCAUCGCACCGGCGACGCGCUAGUAGCGAUGAGAGUGGGAGCGAGAGCAGCGUCGUCCGCGGUAGCGAUAGCGACGUCGGCAGUCGCAAGGCUGCUGGCGGCGGCGGCGGCGGCCGGGCGAAGGUCAGGUUCGAGGAGCUGCCGCCGCCUGUGGCUUCUGCGCUGCCCGUGGCAUCUGCUCCGCCGGCAUCGUCGUCGUCUUCGUCGUCGGAGGCGGCAGCGGAGCCGGAGCCGCAGCAGCAGCAGCAAGUACGUGCAGACGAGGCUGCUGCUGCUGCUGGCAAGCAGCGCUCCUCCUCCCCCGAACAACCCGUCAAGCGCGGAAGCAGCAGCGACGCGGACGUCUCGUCCACCGCCGAUGUCGUCCCCGGCGUAGCGGGCACGUACUCGCUGCCGCGGACGCUGUGGGCGUACGUCCUGCUGCCGCUGCUGGAUCAGCUGCUUUUUUCGCUACGGCCCCGCCGCGGGAUCGUGGCGGUCGCGCAGGGCGCGGCGGUGCUGGUCGAGCGCGUGCUUUUGCCCGGCGCGUGGGUGGAGGAGGGGUGGCGGUGGUGGGAUGCCGGGCCGUGGUUGUGGGAGUGGGGGGUGAGGAGGUUGGUGGGGGCGUGA